CAAGUUAUGUAUGAUUAUUUCACCCUGUUACCAAAAAAUGGCGUUUUUAUUUAAUAAAUUGAAAUUCAGAGAGGUAGUGAAGGUUUCGGUUAGAUAUAAGAAUCCACCGCAUCAUUGGUCUGUGAUAAAGAAAAAGAAAACUGUUAAAGAUAAAGCACUGGAACACUUUGAUGAAUUUUAUGGAUCAGUUUAUGGAAAUAAGUGGGAAGACAUUCGAGCUUCGUUAUUACAAGAACAAAGUAAAUAUGUAGCUGUGGUUAAUAAUUUCAGUGAUACAGAAAGGAUAAAAACAGAGUUACAAUUAUUAGGUGCAGUGCAUUUAAAAUCAUUAUAUAAUGUUAUGAAAGAAAACAAGAAGAAUAAUAAGAAAAAUAUACAUAAGAAUGAUGUACAAAAUCCAAUGGAUACUAUUAUAGAGAAUAUUCAAUUGUCAGAAGUGAAAUCAAUUUAUCCUGCUAAUAAUGUGCAUUCUUCACAAUCGCUGACAUUAGAAGAAAAUGAUGAAGUUCCCACUAAAACAGAUUAUGCAUUAGAACCUGUAAAAUUACAAUCUAUAGAAGGAAAUUUAAAUGAUGUCAAUAUAGACACUAAUCGCUUUAUAGAGUCUUCCUUAGAUUUGACUAUGCUUUAUGAGUAUGUACCUGCUACACAAAUAAAGGGUUUGGAUGGAUAUGUGCUUGAAUCUGAACAUUAUGGAUUUUAUAAUAAAGCAGCUGAUUUCAAUGUAAACAUUGUCAAAGAAUCUAUGUUACAAUUUCCUGAACAUUUGCAUGUGUAUACUUUUGAAAAAGGAAAUUUUUCUAAAUUCCCAUCUCCUAAAAAUGGAUCCACUGGUGUUCUAGAUUACUAUUUGUAUGACGGUGGAUCAAUAUUACCUGUACUAGCUCUUGACAUUCAAUUAGGUGAUGUUGUACUUGAUAUGUGUGCUGCACCUGGAGGUAAAACGUUAACUAUUCUUCAGACACUUAUGCCUCGUAUAGUGGUUGCUAAUGAUAUUACGGAAUCUAGAGUGAACAGAAUAACGAACGUUAUGCAGCAAUAUGUCUCGAAUGUUUGUGAAACAGAAUGCAUGAUACAUCUAACUCAAGGAGAUGCUCGACAAAUUGAAGAGCAUGAUAUAUAUAACAAAAUUCUAGUUGAUGUACCAUGUACAACGGAUAGACAUGUCAUACAUUCUGAUGAAAACAAUAUUUUUAAGCAUACCAGAAUUAAAGAAAGACUACGGCUUCCAGAAGUUCAAUCAGAAAUUUUAACAAACGCACUGAAGUUGGUGAGACCAGGUGGUACAGUCGUUUAUGCGACGUGUUCUCUCAGUCCUAUACAAAAUGAUGGUGUUGUACAUGUAGCAUUGAAAAAGGCAUGGGAAAUGACUAAGUCUAUUAUGGUUGUAAAGGAUAUGUCAGAAGCUUUAUCGCCUCUCGAAUAUUUGUACGACUUUGCAAACAUUGGACUGAAGUAUGGUCACAUUGUUGUUCCUACCCGUAACAAUAAUUGGGGUCCUAUGUAUUUUUGUAAGAUACAGAGAGUACAAUAAUUGCACUACAAAAC